GUGGGAGGCGCUGCGGGCGGAAGCGCCGCCCGCCCGAGGGCUGCGACGGCAUGAGCGGAGAGGAGCCGGGGCCCGGCGGUGCCUCCCGGCCCCGCGGGGCCUCCCGGCGGCACUACCCGGCCCUGCCCGUGUGGGUGGUGGAGGACCACCAGGACGUGCUGCCUUUCAUCUAUCGUGCCAUUGGUUCAAAGCAUCUUCCUGCCAGUAACAUCAGUUUUGUUCAUCUUGAUUCCCAUCCAGACCUUCUUAUUCCUGUGAAUAUGCCUGCGGACACCGUAUUUGACAAAGAAACUCUUUUUAGUGAAUUAAGUAUUGAAAACUGGAUUAUGCCUGCUGUUUAUGCUGGCCAUAUUUCUCAAGUAGUGUGGCUUCACCCACACUGGGCUCAGCAGAUCUCAGAAGGGAAACACAGUUUUCUAGUUGGGAAAGAUAUAUCAACAACAACGAUCAGGGUUACAGGCACAGAUAAUUACUUCUUAAGUGAUGGUCUUUAUGUUCCUGCUGAUCAGCUAGAAAACGAGAAGCCUUUAAAUUUGCACGUCAUUCUCAUCAAUCCUACUGAAUCAUCAAACAGCCGUGAAGGAAAUGGCGAAAUAUCAUCUGCUAAAAGACUGAAGUUAAAUACAGAUGACACAGCAAGUGCCACUUCUGCCUCUUCAGUGGCUCCUGGUGACUUUGAUCAAAUCAUCCAGAGUGUGAAGAAAAAGGAAAUACAAAAUGCAGAUGCCCUAAAUGGGGCAGAAACUUUGGCAGAGGGCUCAGCUUCAAGCUGUCUUAAAAACAGUGAAUGCCCAAUAAGGGACAUUGCUAAAGAUGUCUGCCAAGUACUGCAGAAGGGGGAUGCAUAUGUUUUGGACAUCGACUUAGAUUUUUUUUCAGUUAAAAAUCCAUUUAAAGAAAUGUACACACAGACAGAGUAUGAGCUUUUGCAAGAGUUGUACAAUUUCAAGAAGCUACAUAAAAAUGCAACAGAGGAAGACUUGCUGGAUUGUGUUGAAAACCGUGUUCAUCAGCUGGAAGAUCUGGAAGCAGCAUUUGCAGAUUUGUGUGACAGUGAUGAUGAAGAAACCCUACAGAAAUGGGCUUCGUAUCCUGGAAUGAAGCCACUUGUUCAACUAGUUCACAGUUUGAAAACCAGGAUGGAAAGCCCAGACUAUGAAAUGGUCCAUCAAGCUGGUCUAACCUGUGAUUAUGUGGAGCUUCCUCACCACAUUAGCACUGAAGAUGAGAUUGAAGGCCUCAUACAAUCCAUUAAAGUUCUACUGACAGAUCUGCCCAAGCCCACACUGGUGACAGUUGCUCGAUCAAGUUUGGAUGACUACUGCCCUUCAGAGCAGGUUGACAGCAUUCAAGAGAAGGUUCUCGAUUUACUUCGUUCAGUGUAUGGCUCACUGGAUGUGCACUUAGAUUACUCAAGCACUUCAUCUUCUUCGUGACCCUUAUUCGUGUGUUGCUGUCUAAUGCAGAGGAUUAAUUUAAAGUGUUCAUUAGUUGUGAUUGCAAGGGGAAGACUGCUGUUAUGUCAGCAGGUGGCACUAGAACCCAAGCUGACCCAGCUAGGGUUUGAGUUGCAUUGCUUUCUCCACGUUGGCUGCAUCUGAACUGUUACCUGUUUGGCUUUAUUCAGAUUAGUGCUGUAAUUCUUAUUUUUACUGUCUUGUUUCUUAAAAUUGGUGCAAGAGAAACGACUUUUUGUCUAUAAAUUGAGGGGUUUUGUCCCAUUUCUUUGUGACUGUAAAAAAAAAAAAGUAAUUUCUUAAAAUGGUUUUCUGUUGUGUAUGUUUUUUGUAAUUUGGUAACAGAUUUGCUCCUGAGUUGUAUUAUGUCUUUUAAAAACUGGUCUUAAAAAUGCCCUUAAAACUGUUGGUCCAUGUAGUGAUCUUUCCUAUGUGUUGUGCUGAGAUGACCCUCUCAUUUAUCUAGAGCAGCUCAUGGCUUCUGCCCCAUCCAUAGAAUGUCAUUUAUGUACAUUUUCUGGUUUGUGUUAUUUUGCCUUAGAGUAUUUUAUUGGUGGCUUAGAUAAUAUCCCUAACGUACAGACAUUGGGCUGAUAUUUUCAUUUUUACAUUAUUUUGUGGAUAAAAAGGAUAAAGGAGGAUAAAAAGUAUGUGUGCAUGCGCAUGCUUUUAUGUUUUAAAUCCUGUAAGGAAUUGAUGGCUUCUUCAGAAACAAAGAUUUUGCUUCACUGAAAUCAGCAGCAAAACAUUCUGUACUAGGUUUUCACUCAUUUCGGUGUUGCUAUUUAGGAAAUAACAGUUUUAGAACUAUUUAAUUUAGAAAUCAAUAUAGUUAUAGAGAAAACUGUCACUUUCAGAGGAAAAAAUCCCACAGGAUUUAUUGGGAAUGAAACUGAAACAGGAAAGAAAAUGGUGCCUAGAAUAUGGUGUUUUAUUAUGAAUAAAUUUUGCUUGUAAUUUCUUCUGAAAUAACGGAGUUCAUUUACUUUACUCUUUGCUUUACAGAGACUUUGGGCACUCUUAGAGUUUUUUAAUACUUCUGUUGUUGGUAAAAUGACUAUAUUAUAGAUUGUAAAUAUAUCAUUCCUUUAAAAUAUUUGUUCUGUACUCCAAUAAAUUCCAUGACCAUGGAUCCGUUUUAUUUGUGGUUUUGUGACAUGUCUGUCACAAGGAGCCUUGGAGCCAGUAUCCUUAAUACUUCAUAAAUUAUAAACAACCAUACAUUGCGUACAGCAAUGAAGUGCAGUCAGAUUAUGUGCUGCUUAUGUAAAGAUUUGUUUUUUUUAAUGUUAAAGAUCCUUCGUGCUGGGCUUUUCAUAAGGUUGUAGAAAACAAAAAACCCAUAUGGGGCAUGGCUGAGCCCCUCCUGGGUGGGCAGGUGCGAGCUCGUUUUCCUUGUGGAAAGCCUGGGGGGCUAGGGAGGGCAAAACGCUGCCUGGCAGUCAGGGCUGAGGGAUCCAAGUGAGGGAACCUUUAGUAUAGACCAAAUCCAACAGUGCCUGCAUCUCUGCCUGAAUGCUGCUCUGGGGUGCCUUGUUUGGUGAGGUAACAAAAUUAAACUUACUUCUUUGCAUUUUA